AUCAUCCGCAGCCAAAACAUGGCUGCAUCUCCCCCAAACCAAAACCCUACCCGCAGUCAAAACCCUUCUCUUCAAACGUUAUUGGCUGCUGACUUUGACCAUUCCAAGUACUGUUUGCCAACAUGGGAUGGGAUUGAUAAUCCAUACAAUGGUUUCAAUGAAACCAGAUCUCAUGAACAAGGCCUACUUGAAACUUCAUUUACUGCUCUCAGUUUAUCAGAUCCUUGUUGUGGGUCUCACUUCUCUGCCAAUGAUAAUACAUCGUCAAUUGACUCAAUUCCAUGGCGUAGUUCCAAUGAGUUUGAGAGAGAAAAUGGGCUUCCUCCUCCGUAUUAUACAGAAGAACAGCAGCAUUUACACACUAUGAGAAUUCAGUCUGCAGUGAGGGGACAUACUGGUAAUUGGCUUCAUGACCUACCAUCAUGGCAAACCAAUUACCGUGAUAUUGCGCGGCAAAGUUCAAGUUCAAGUUCAAGCUCUUCUACAAGUUUGGGCCAAAGUUUUGGUGCAGAAAUGAAUUACCAGUAUGCCUCUUCAAACCCCAUUAUUGGCAAUGAUUUACAGUGGGGGUCCUAUGAGCAAAAAAUGUUUCGUUCUACAAUUAGGCCUUCUUCGAAUCGAAAUGGGAUUCGACCAGAGGAAUUGAAGGGCCCAUUGAUCUGCUCUUUGCAUAAGUUGAUGGUUCACCCGUAUGGCGAGAAUUAUGUUCAGAAGCUUUUCCAACAAAACAACAGAGAAAUUACUAGAUAUCUUCACGCCAUGAACUGUGAUGAACAAAUGCUUUUUAACAUAUGCACUCAUCACCAAGGAAGUAGGUCUAUGCAGAAAUUUCUGAGUCUUCUCAGAACCCCGAAGCAGAAAUCCUUAAUUAUAUCGGCUCUAAGGAAGAUCACAUUUCGCUUAACCAAAGUAAAGGAUGGCUGUCAUGUAAUUAAACAUUGCUUGCAAAUUUUCUCUUACGUCGAAGAUAUGAAGCAUAUUCUGAAUGAAAUAGCAGAGAGAUGUGUUGAUAUAGCGAGAGACAAGAGUGGGUGUUGUCUUUUUCAACAAUGUAUAACCUAUGACGUUGGAGAAGCUACGGAGCGUAUUGUGGCUGAAAUCGUAGCAAAUGCGUUUCUCCUUUCAGAAGAUGCUUUUGGGAACUAUGUGGUGCAGUACUUACUUUUUGGAUUGAGAAAACCAAGUAUUACAAGAAAGAUAUUAGCACAGUUUGAAGGGAAAUUUGUAGCUCUAUCCUUGAAUAAAUUUGGCAGUCAUGUAGUGCAGAAAUGCUUGCAAGAACUUGGUGAAGAAUGCUCUAAUAGAAUCAUUAUGGAACUUACUUGUAGUCCAAAUGUUUUUCUGAAUGUUGCUCAGGAUAAUUUUGGAAAUUUUAUUAUUCAGGGAGCAUUGGCUGUAUCUAAGGGAGCCAUCCAUGAAAGACUUGUGAGUCUCAUUAAUAAUCACUCCCAGCUUUUAAAAAGCCAUCUUCAUGGGGCAUGGAUAACCAGAUUCUACAAAAACAGGCAGAACAACAAUUAUAGGUGGUGCUCCAUGCGAAAUUAGGUAUAAUAUGUGUGAUAUUUGAGAGGGCAUUAAUAUAUUACAAAUUUAGUUGUCCUGUGCUACGCACAAUAUAUAGUAUG